AUGGAAAAUGGAGUCAUUCAUGCGUAUCAUGCUGGUCAAGCACGUCGAGCUUAUAAGAAAAUGGCAGCAUUUCCACGUACAAUCGAACCUAUCGAUACUGUUGAAUUGUUCAAUACAAUAGCAGUUACACUUGAUACAAAUAAACGAGAACUUUCUACAUGGCUAUAUCAACAUUCGACAUCGAUUGAAUCAACUCGUUAUUAUCAAAAUUCUAUAACUGUCAGCAAAUUCGCUAUGACAUUGAACAAGUCGAAUGAAACUAUGAUUUUAACAGUCAUAAUUACGAACAAUAAUUGGCUUGAAAUUUAUUCAUCGGUAUUUCUGCAUAAGGAACCUCUAUUUAGUCUUCAUCUUCAUUCACCAGCUAAAAUUCAUGGAUCUACGAAUGGUACGUUUAUUCUACUGACAAAUACUGGUUCAUUAUGUUUGAUCGUUCAACAAACGAAUGCUAAUGGUAAAAUUGAAUUCAAUCAAUCAAAUAAUGUUCAAUUAAAAAUGAAAUGCUCGAUGAUGUUCAGUUCACUAUUAACACUUCAUUCAACAGAAAAUCCCGCUGUAUUUGCUGAUGAUAGAAAAUCACUGGUAAUUUGGACAAUAAAUGACAUAAUUUAUAUUGAUAUUGAUUUGCCAUCUGCAUUAUCAUCGUCACGCUUGAUAAAUAUCGCUAGUGAACGAACUCACGAUUUUUUCUUCUUAUAUUUUGAUAACAAAUAUCUUCUUUCAUGUCAAAUUCGAUUAGAUCAAUCGAAAAAAAAAUGGUUCUACUCAAAUAACAUCAUAGAAUCAAGUCGAUAA